AUGUGGUCGUUAACCUCUUCAUUACCUAUUGUUCAUGCGCCUCACCACCAUGGUCACCCUCAUGCAAUACCACCACCAACUACAGGUGGAGCCGGUGGUGAUGGUGGUAACAGACCGAGUCCACCAGCAAUCGACGAUGAAAUGGAGGCUACUAAUAGUCCCAUUUUGCAUUGUAUCCUUGCCGGUGGAUUUGGUGGUGCCAUCGGUGAUACUUCAAUGCAUUCUCUAGAUACCGUUAAGACUAGGCAGCAGGGUGCUCCCAAUGUUGCCAAGUACAAGAACAUGUUGGCCGCCUACAGAACGAUCUUCGUCGAGGAAGGAAUUUUCAGAGGCCUUUAUGGUGGAUAUUCAGCUGCUAUGUUGGGAUCUUUCCCCAGUGCAGCGAUCUUUUUUGGUACUUACGAAUUUUCCAAAAGAAAACUGAUUAAUGAAUGGGGGUUUAACGAUACGUUGACCCAUUUAUUUGCCGGUUUUCUUGGUGAUUUAGUCUCCAGUUUCAUCUACGUUCCUUCAGAAGUUUUAAAGACUAGGCUACAACUACAGGGUCGUUACAAUAAUUCACAUUUUGAUUCCGGAUACAACUACAAAAAUCUACGAGAUUGCAUAACUACUGUGGUCAAGACCGAAGGUCCAGUGGCAUUACUCUUUGGUUACAAGGCAACAUUGGCAAGAGAUCUACCCUUUAGUGCGCUACAAUUAGCAUUUUACGAGAAAUUUAGACAAGCUGCAUUUAAACUUGAGUACAAACAAAUAGGCCAGGACCACUUGUCCAUAAUGAGUGAGUUGUCAACAGGUGCCCUAGCAGGUGGUGUAGCAGGUGUACUCACUACGCCAUUGGAUGUGAUAAAGACUCGAGUUCAAACUCAACAGACUUCCCCUACAAGUGAACUGGGCAAACCUGCAAGUCUUUCCAGUUCUCUUUUCUCCAGUUUGAGGAUCGUUUACAAAUCAGAAGGGUUGAUUGGAUUUUUCAGUGGUGUGGGCCCAAGAUUCAUCUGGACAAGUAUACAGAGCAGUAUUAUGCUGUUCCUCUACCAGUACACUUUAGGACGUCUCAAUACAAUUUUCCCUUCAAAUAAUGGAUUGGGCUAA